AAGCGUCGCUUCUGUUGUCCGGAGGCUGCGGGGUGAGUGGCCCGAGGCUGCGCAGGGCUUCGGGACGCUGGACAGACAGUUGCUUCAGCUCACAAGAGUGCCAAAGUGGGGCUCGUUUCUGGCGUCAUGGCUCAAAGGGCCUUUCCGAAUCCUUAUGCCGAUUAUAACAAAUCCCUUGCCGAAGGCUACUUUGAUUCUACAGGGAGGCUAACUCCAGAGUUCUCACAACGCUUGAACAAUAAGAUUCGAGAGCUUCUUCAGCAAAUGGAGAGAGGCCUGAAGUCAGCAGACCCUCGGGACAGCACCGUUUACACUGGCUGGACAGGUAUUGCUGUGCUUUACCUACAGCUCUAUGAUGUGUUUGGGGACCCUGCCUACCUACAGAUGGCACAUGGCUACGUAAAGCAAAGUCUCAACUGUUUGAGCAAGCGGUCUAUCACCUUCCUCUGCGGGGACGCGGGCCCCCUGGCAGUGGCUGCUGUGGUGUACCACAAGAUGAACAAUGAGAAGCAGGCAGAAGACUGCAUCACCCGGCUAAUUCACCUAAAUAAGAUUGAUCCACAUGCUCCAAAUGAAAUGCUUUACGGACGAAUUGGCUAUAUCUAUGCUCUUCUUUUUGUGAAUAAGAAUUUUGGAGUGGAAAAGAUUCCUCAAAGCCAUAUUCAGCAGAUUUGUGAAACAGUCUUAACCUCUGGAGAAAACCUAGCUAGAAAGAGAAACUUCACGGACAAGACUCCACUGAUGUAUGAAUGGUACCAAGAAUAUUACGUGGGGGCUGCUCAUGGCCUGGCAGGAAUUUAUUACUACCUGAUGCAGCCCAGCCUUCAAGUGAGCCAUGCGAAGUUACACAGUCUGGUCAAGCCCAGUGUAGACUAUGUCUGCCAGCUGAAAUUCCCUUCUGGCAAUUACCCUCCCUGUGUGGGCGAUACUCGAGAUCUGCUAGUCCACUGGUGCCAUGGUUCCCCUGGGGUAAUCUACAUGCUCCUUCAGGCCUAUAAGGUGUUCCGAGAGGAACGCUAUCUCAACGAUGCCUAUCAGUGUGCCGAAGUGAUCUGGCAGCACGGGCUGCUGAAGAAGGGGUACGGGCUGUGCCAUGGCGCUGCAGGGAACGCCUACGCCUUCCUGACGCUGUACAACCUCACACGGGACGCCAAGUACCUGUACAGGGCCUGCAAGUUUGCUGAAUGGUGCUUAGAUUACGGAGAACAUGGAUGCAGAACACCAGAUACCCCCUUCUCCCUCUUUGAAGGAAUGGCUGGAACAAUAUAUUUCCUGGCUGACCUGCUCGUGCCCACAAAAGCCAAGUUCCCUGCAUUUGAACUGUAAAAAGAAAGUCCGCCCCCUGCGACUCACUGCAUGAGCCUUUCUGUGUAUCAGACCUGGGCUAAAGUGUUCGUUGCUUUUCAAGGAACAAGAGUCAAACUGUGUACUUGAUUUAGUUGAUUUUUUUCCUCAGAAUUUGUCUUUAGGUCAGUUCCUUUUUUAUCAUUUACUUUUACUUUAAAAUAUCCAAGGAAUGCUUAAUUAACUUUAAUUUCAUUCUUCUCCUAAAGAGAGGGUAGGCGAUAUGUGUACUAUUUUGAGGGCAUAUAUGUAUCUAUUUCAGACCUUUGAGGCAACCGUAUUCUUACUUAAGCUUAUAAAUAUAAACGUCUGUUACUAUUCUAAAAAUGUUUAGAAGAAACUAAAUGUAAUUGAAGAUAAAUACAUGAUUAUUGUUGGAUAUUGUCCUCCACUUCUUCUCUUUAGUAUUUUUUAUGAUAGUUUAUGACUUUGCUUUUCUCUAGGUGGUUGAUUAUGAAAGGGGACAAAAAUACGACUCUAUGCUUCCAGGGCAAAUACUGGAAGAGUUGCCAACUGGGCUAGGGACCUAAACACCAUUUUUCAAAUUCACAAUGCUUAUUUAAACUAGAAGUCAACACACUUUUUGAGAUUUGCCUCUCUUUGUUUAGCAGAGCAUCCAGGCUCUGUAAUCCAGCAUCUUUAUCAAAAACUUCUGAAAUAUGAUGGUCAUUGUGAAAAUUCUGAUUUGAAGGUUAGUUCAAGAUAAGCUAACAAAAGCAGGUUAUUGUUUUCUCUAAAAUAAGCUAGUGUGUUUUGGAACUACUUACAUACAUUUAUUUGUUCUCUGGAAUUAAUAUAAGAUCAGGAAAUGAGUUUUCUAUGUGUGAAUAAGUUGUGACCUAGGACUUGAGCCCACCCUGUCUAACUGACCUUCUAAACUUUGACUUGCGUUAGUUACUAACUUUGCAGUGACUAUGCUUUGUAAAAUGCUGGCUGCUUGGUACAAGCCCUAAGAUAUGUCCUGCCUGUCUAUCUAGAUAACGGUCUUUUCACUAAUUAGUAAAGCAUUCUACUUCUGUUUAAAAUGGGAGAGGGGUGCUAUAUAUUCAGUAACUUCAACAAAAACACUGAAGUUUUGAUAUAAAUGCUGUUUUUGAGGAGGUAUUAUCCAGUGAUCACACUUUGAACAAAUGGAUCCUGUCUCUUUGCAUCUCCUAGGCUUUAACAUUCAUCCAUUUCUGAGCCUUCAGGAUUGGGCAUUUAUCUGGUAGAUGAAGAAUCCGUGGUGCUUCAAAUUCUGUACAAAUGUUUUGGCUCAUCAGCCCCCAUUCCUCCUCCUGCCAAUGCUGACUUUCCCAGGCUUGUUUAUAGUCUAUGUGUUUUGACUGAUUUUGGAACAUUUUGCAACUUUAAAAAACGAGGUCUAAGAAUUUUAAAUGUGCCUAUUUUAUGGCUCCCUCAGUCACAAAAAAAUGCUAUUUUUAUUGGAACUUUGAACCAAAUCCCCACUGUGUGUAUGUUGGUUCCUGUGGGUAGCAAUCCCCUGUUAUUUUCCAUUUAGCACCAAAAUAGCCAAUAUUGGAAAUUGACCCUUUAAAGGCUACCGACAGUAGGAUCUAAAACACAGCCCACUGCUCAGUUCCUAGGAUUACCUUAUUCCUCUGUGACUUGUGCUGGUUGGGGAUAACCUUGUGCCUCUCAGAUUUCUGAAGUGCUGCUGGUAAGCUGUGUACACGAUGUGCCUUUCCCGGGAACAUUUAGAUCAAUGGUGUCAGUGUUCACGGUAAAGCUAAUUUGCCUUUGGCUGGGGGUCCAACUUGAAAGAAUAAAGACCAUUGGGUUUAGUAAAUGGUCUUACUCUACCGUACCUGCACUUUUAGCUAGUAUAGUUACUAACUAAAGAAAAAAGAGCAAAACAUUUUCUCUUAACCAGGGGAAACUGAUCACAGUGCUCCAAACAUCUUGAUUAAUUUAACCCUAGGAAGAUAUCAAGGCAGGAUGAAGAACAUUUUGAGUAAGAUUUUUGUUCAUAUUUGGAUUGCAGUUUAAUUGCUGUCAUCCAUUAACAAAUUUAUUAAUACAAAUCUAAUUGAGGUUUCUUUUUUUUUUUUUAGCUUUUUAUGAGUUAUUAAACUGGCAGGAUUUUAUAUUUGUGCUGUUCAUUUUAUUUAUGUUUAAGAGCUAAGAAAGUUGGAUAGAAUUUUAAACUCAGGCAAAGGCUGUAAAAUUCAGACUAAUGCCCUAACACCAUGAUAGAGACAGAAAGAAACUUCUACACUUUCUUACACUUAGAACCUUUCUUAGUUUUGAAAAGAAGCAUCAUUUCGGUUCUAUUUCUCUUACAUCAUUUUUCUCUCAGAUAUCUUUUUGGUUAAAAAAAAAAAAAACUUUCCCAAAAUUGUUUCCCAAAAAAUACCCAAUAGGUAUCUCUCAUCUCCAUGCAAAGACUAUAAGUAGCAAAGCUUUAAAACCUUACUGAGCAGUAUUCAUUUAUCCUGUCAUGUGUUUCAGUGAACAGCAUGAUCAAUUAUUUACAUCAGUCCCAUUGAGCUUUGGUCCCAUCAAGAAGUCUGUAAUCCUUAGAGCCAUUUGGCUCCCUUUUCAUCUUUGAUGUCAGUUCCAGUUAUUUGGCAUUGUGUUGGGUAGAGUAUUAGGUAAAAGUGGCCAUUUUCUCUCUUUUUACCACUUCCCUGCAUAACUGAAUUGAGAGAUAGACUUUGCUCCUGUGUCCUCAGGUCAGUUUGUGCCUGAUCUUAUGAUGCCCAGCCUUUUCUUAUCUGAGUUUGAAAUACAAAACGUGAAGAGUAAACAUUUAUUCAUCUACUCCUUUGGCUACUCCAACUCAUCUGUAGUCCUUUCACUACUCAUACUGAAUUCUAAUUCCAGUUCUGCCUCCCCGCAGUAGGUCAGAGCACCCCAUUUCUGUAUUGUUAAGCUGUAGAAGAGCUGUUGCUCUCCUACAGGUGUAAAGCAAAGUGUUCGGGAUGUUCAGGGAUCCUACGCCAAUGUUACAUUGCCAUUUAUUGGAAAGGGCUGGGAUCAUAUGUAUUUCUAUGUUGUGUAAAGGAUUUAACUUACUGGUUCUCAAUAAAAUUUUAUUAGGACUA